AUGGCAAGAAAUGGUUACCACUUACCAGAUUAUGUAGCGAAUUGGGAUAUGGUAGUAGCCCCUGGCUCUACCAAGGUGGCUCUGUAUGGUGCUGCUCAUGGAUUCAUGAGAAGUGGAUUGAAUGACGGCGGUGAGAUGGUGGACAGAUUGGUGAUGGAGUACCAUCCUGAUGCUUGCCCUCUAUUGAUGAAAGAAGAGUCUACGAGGCGAUGCAUCGAGAUAAGAAUGGCAUAUGAGACAUUGUCAGAUCCAAUUUCAAGAGAAAUUUAUGAUCAUGAGCUUAGUUUAGUUGGUGCUGAGGGAAGAAGAAGACUGCAUGGUAGAUAUAACAAAGACAAUGCUGAAGAGUUUCCUGGGGAGGUUUGGGAGAGGCAACUCAGGGAACUAAAGAAGCGUUCAGGGCAAAAAAUGGAGAAGAGAAUUGAUAAGAAAAUGUAA